AUGGCUAAAGAAAAUCAUACCAUGAAAAAUGAGUUUAUCCUCACAGGAUUUACAGAUCACCCAGAGCUGAAGACCCUCCUGUUUGUGGUGUUCUUUGCCAUCUAUCUGAUCACCAUCGUGGGGAAUCUUGGCCUGGUGAUAUUGAUUUCAAAGGAGCAGCAUCUUCACACGCCAAUGUACAUCUUUCUGGGCAACCUGGCUUUUGUGGAUUCCUGCUGUUCCUGUGCCAUUACUCCUAAAAUGUUAGGGAACUUCUUUUCUAAGGACAGAAUGGUUUCCCUCAAUGAAUGCAUCGCACAAUUUUAUUUUCUUUGCACUGUUGAAACUGCAGAUUGCUUUCUCCUAGCAGCAAUGGCCUAUGAUCGCUAUGUAGCCAUCUGUAGCCCACUGCAGUACCACACCAUUAUGUCGAAGAAACUCUGCAUUCAGAUGACCACAGGGGCCUACAUCGCUGGAAACCUGCAUUCCAUGAUCCAUGUAAGGCUUCUGUUUAGGUUAACUUUCUGUGGGUCUCAUCAAAUCAAUCACUUUUUUUGUGAUAUUCUUCCUUUAUACAGACUCUCCUGUGUUGACCCUUAUAUCAAUGAACUGGUACUAUUUAUCUUUUCAGGUUCAAUUCAAGUCUUCACCAUAGGCAGCGUCUUAAUAUCUUAUCUUUACAUUCUCUUUACUAUUUUCAAAAUGAAAUCCAAACAGGGAAGGGUCAAAGCCUUUUCUACCUGUGCAUCCCACUUUUUGUCUGUCUCAUUAUACUAUGGAUCUAUUUUUUUCAUGUAUAUUAGACCAAAUUUACUUGAAGAAGAGGAUAAAGAUAUACCAGCUGCUAUUCUGUUUACGAUAGUAGUUCCCUUACUAAAUCCUUUUAUUUAUAGCCUGAGAAAUAAGGAAGUAAUAACUCUCUUGAGAAAAAAUCUGAAGUAAAACAAAUCUCAAGAAAGUUUGAAACAAAUGACAUCUAGUGUAGCUUAGAGAUUUAAAUGUAGAAAAACUUCCAAGUGAAAUUACACAGAGAAAAUGCAAAAUUAUAUGUAACAUGUUAAAAUAUAAUACAAUCAAUUUAAGCAGCAAUAUGUCAGGGAGAAAAUAUACAGGAAGGAUUAAACUGUGCUAAAUCUUAAUUCAAAGUAACGAAAAUCAAAACCAAACUUGGAAUUCAUUCAAGAAACAACCUUGUAUGUUGCCAAGUUCAUGGACCAUGUCAGCGUCGGGGAUUAUCAGCACCCAAAAGAAAAACAACAAGGGUAGCAGUUACAAAUAUAAAGGAGAAUCCUAUUAGACAUUUCUAGCCAGCCCACUUUAAUAGCUUGGAGCACGAGCACUCCAGUUAAGCUAACAGAGUUUAAGGGUGUGUGAACCUUCAAGCAAUGAAAUCACUCACAACCAUGAGCAAUGAUGUUGAAGCAAGUGAAUUUGGGGGAAGCAGUUUAAUAGCAUUUGGGUGACAUUAUUGUAGUUAGCAUAGAGGUAGUGAGGAAAUGAAGGUGUCAAAUAAAAGUGACUAUUAUGUUUCCAAGUUGAAGUUCCUAUGGAGUGGAAUAAUUAAACACAGAAUGUCAAUUUUCGAAAGUAGUUAUCUUCAGAGAGGUUUAUUUACUCCCUUACGUAUACACAUGGAGAUGCCAUAGCAUAAAGUUCCAGGCAAGCAGUUAAACCACAGGUGGGAUUUGAAGAGCCUUCAUUGUCGGUGAGCUGGUCUAAACUUCUCUAUGUCCCCUUUCUGAGAGGACAAGAAGGGGCUCAACAAGGGGAACACUACUAUAUUCUAUACGGACAUGAACAAAAGUAUGAUUGUUGAGCUACGGAUAGGGUUUAUCUAAAAUAAUUUCUCACUUUUUUUCUUUUCAUCAUUGCAAAACCUGAAGUUGUGGAAUGUAGGUAGAAUGUAUAUCACAUUUAUUGUGACAUAAUAAAAGAAUUACUUUCCAAUUAUUCAUUCAACGUAGAUGUACUGAGAGCUUGCUAUGUGGAGGCACUGCUCUAGGUGCUAGGAUAUAUCAGUCACCAAAAUACCAAUUUUUCCAUCUUCUUAGAUAAUAGAAUGCUGCCAUGAUUUUAAUGACCAACUUCUGGAUUAAGGAGAGUCUAUAUCACAUAAAAGAAAAAUUCCCCCUACACCUCUUCUCUUGAUGCUCUGAGGUCACAUCUAAAUUCCCAGAAGGCAAUUGUCAGGUUGAGCUAUGGUCCGGAUUAUGGAGCCACCUGAGGCUGACCUCACAUGGAAA